AUGGCUACCCCUAGUGUCCUCGCGUUUGACGCUGAGGGUAGAGCCAUUGACUUUGAGGUCUCGGUAGACGACCUGCAGCUGUUCUUACAGUGCGAUAGGGCAGACGGUCUCUCUCUCUUUGACCUCACCUCUGGCGCCUCUCCUGCCCCUGCUGCUGAUGCUGACCCCACUGUUCGCUCCCAGUGGGCCACGCGCGAUGCUGCUGCACGUCUUGCUGUGCGUCGCCACCUGCCUACCACUGAGCGCGCGCACUUUAGUCAGUACAAGAGUGCUCAGACCUUGUACGACGCUGUAGUUGCGCGCUACUCUUCCCCUGCCACUGUUGCACUGAGCCGCCUCAUGCUACCGUACCUCUUUCCUGACCUUGCUGCCUUUCCCACAGUCGCUGACCUCAUUACGCACCUCCGCACUAGUGACACUCGCUACCGCGCCGCGCUUCCUGCUGAGUUCAGCGCCAAGAACCCCCCCCCCAUGUACAUCACUCUCUAUUAUAUAGUCACCCGCCUCCCUGACUCCCUUCGUGUAGUCAGGGACCACUUCCUCUCAGUCUGUCCCACCACUCUCACUGUUGACCUCUUAGAGAAGGCCCUCCUAGCAGCGGAGAAGAGCAUAAUCGCUGUAGGAGCCUCUCGUGGUGACCCUCGCACCCCCAUCUUUGAGAGUCGGUCGGUGCGGCGUCUGCCCCUAGUGGGAGACGCUGCUCUGGCAAGGGCAAGGGGGGCAAGGGCGCGGGUGGAGCUAGCGGGGGCGGUGGAGGUGGCGGUGGAGGCGGCGGAGGGAGUGGGGGUGGCGGUGGGAGUGGUGGCGGGGGUGGAGGUGUCGGUGGCAGCAGUGGAGGCGGAGGCGGCGGAGGCGGCGGCGGUGCUAGCGGAGGCGGCGGUGGUGGCGGAGGUGGAGGAGGCGGUGGUGGAGGAGGUGGAGGUGGUCGGGGUGGCGCUUCACAGCGGAGCAGCCCUGGUGGUGGUGACCGCCAGCAGCAGCAGCAUCAGCAGCGUUUUUGGGGACAUUCCACCCCCUCUGCCGCUCCGUGAGUGGUACGCACAGCGUCAGCGUGGUGGGGGUUUUGGUCCGUACACCUACGUCCUACGCUCCGGCGACCGCGCGGGUGAGCAGUGUGGGGGUGCCCACCCCACCCAGCGCUGCUUUGGCCACCUGACGGACAUUUGGCGUCAGCAGUUCUCGGAGGCCAGUGAGAUCCCCCGCUGGGGAGAGCUUUCUAGGGCAGGCGUAGCUAUCUAUGAUCUUGACUUUGAUGCUAUCCUUGCUGCCAUGUAUGCUGUGACUGUUAGUGAUGAGGGUGACUGUUACCGGUGUUUCCCGCCCGACCCAGGCAUUGGUACUGCUGCUCUAGGUGCUGGUGAGGCUGCUGCUCUAGGUGCCAGUGCGUCUGCGCCCUCAGGUGCUGGUGAGUCUGCGCUCUCAGGUACCACGUCGACUUCGGCCUCCCUCACCUUCACACUUGACUCAGGGGCUUCUCGCUCCUUCUUUCGAGACCGCACCACACUCACUCCGCUUGGUCAGCCGAUUGCAGUCUCCCCGGCAGACCCCUCUGGGGGUCCUGUCCUCUCUCACUUCUCCACUGUCCUCCCGUGUCCGGCUGCCCCCUCUGGCACCUUGUCUGGUCUUUACCUCCCCUCGUUCUCUACGAACUUGGUGAGUGGUGCUGACCUCGAGGAUGUGGGGGUUCACCAGUUUACUCCUGCGAGUCAGCGGGUGACCCAAUGCUCGGACGCUCGCACAGGCCGGCACCUGGCAACGUUUACGCGUCGGCCGGGGUCGAGCCUCUACACCCUGACCACUGGGUCUCCUCCUGUCCCUGCGUCUAGCCAGGUAGCUGCGUCGGGUCAGGUGUUUGCUGCAGCGUCCAGGUCUGGUCCUGAGUCUGCCCCCUGCUCGUGUCGCCUCCUGUCUCACGAGACUCUCCUGUGGAACCACCGUCUUGGUCACCCCUCCCUGCCUCGUCUCCGAGGCAUGGCUUCCCGUGUCCUUGUCUCUGGUCUCCCCCGGUCCCUCCCUCCCCUUCCUUCAGGGCCUGGUCCUUCCUGUGUUCCCUGUGUCGAGGGGCGGCUUCGGGCUGCCCCUCACUCCUCUCAGUUUCCCCCGACAGAGGCCCCGCUGCAGACGCUUCACAUGGACGUGUGGGGCCCGGCCCGCGUCCGUGGACAGGGUCACGAGCGCUACUUCCUGCUGGUGGUUGACGACUACUCGCGUUCCACCUCAGUCUUCCCCUUGCGCAGCAAGGGUGAUGUAACUGAGGUGUUGAUCGCCUGGAUCCGCGCAGCUCGUCUCCAGCUCAGGAGGAGCUUCGGCUCGGACUUUCCUGUUCUGCGUCUGCACUCUGACCGAGGCGGAGAGUUCUCCUCUGGCCUUCUUCGAGCCUACUUCCGUGCGCGAGGCAUCCGCCAGACCUUCACGCUUCCGGACUCUCCACAGCAAAAUAGGAUUGCUGAGCGCCGCAUUGGCAUGAUCAUGGACGUCGCUCGUACGUCCAUGAUGCAUGCGGCUGCCCCCCAUUUUCUGUGGCCGUUUGCGGUUCGGUACGCGGCGCAUCAGAUCAACCUUCACCCCAGGGUCUCCAUGCCGGAGACCUCCCCAGCUCUGCUGUGGAUGGGGAAGUUAGGCAAAACGUCUGCGUUCCGUGUCUGGGGAUCUCGGGCGUUUGUCCGCGACUUGUCUGCGGACAAGCUGUCCCCUCGUGCUGCACCUUGUGUCUUCCUUGGCUUCCCCCCUGACGCACCAGGGUGGCAGUUCUACCACCCCUCCUCUCGUCGUGGUCUGUCCUCCCAGGACGUCACGUUUGACGAGUCGGUCCCCUACUACCGUCUCUUCCCCUACCGCACUCCUUCCCUCCCCCCGCCGCCGCACUUCCUUGUGCCAGUCCAGCCGGUCGAGGUUGCUGGUGACUCUGGUACUGCUGCGGGUGCUGCACCUAGGGGUGCUGACUCUGGGGGUGUUGCGCGAGUGGGUGCUGAGCUUGGGGGUACUGAGCCUGGGGGUGCUAAGACUGGGGGUGCUGAGCCAGGGGGUCCUUCGCCUGGGGGUGCUCCGUCUGGAGCUGCUGAGCCUGGGGGUGCUGCGUCUGGAGCUGCUGAGCCUGGGGGUACUGAGUCUAGAGCUGCUGAGCCUGGGUUUGCGGAGCCCGCGGCCGCUCAAUCUGCUCGUGUGGCGUCUGGCGGUGCUGGGCCUGGUGGUUCUCCGGGUGCUUCGUCUCGGCAGGAGCCACUCUCUCCACACGAGCUGCGCGAGUGGUUCCCCCGGCGCUGGAGGCGUACUGCUGGAGCUGGUGCUUCUUCGGCUGCUAAGGGUGCUGGUGCCGCCGGUCUCGGAGGUGCUAGCCCAGGGAGUGAUGGAGCUGCUGGGCCUGCGAGUGCGAGUGGAGUCGGAGCUGGUGAGGGUGUUGGCGCUAAGGCUACUGCUGUCAGUCCUAGCGGCGGUCCUGCUGCGGGUGCUGCUGGUGGUGCUGGAGGUACUGGAGCUGGAGGUGUUGUUGGCGCUGGUGCUGCCACUGGGGGUGCUGGUGCUGUCCCUGCUGUGUCAGGAGUCGCCGCGCGGCCUCGGCCGUACUUUGUUCCGCUCCUUCAGCAGGUUCUUGGUUUUCCUCCUCCCUUAGAGUGUCCACCGCCUGUCCAGUCGCAGUCACAGUUACCGCCGGCCUCCCCACUGCCUGCUCCUUCUCCCUACACUGGUCCUACUGGAUGUCUUGCUGAGCGUCGUGAGCCUGCUUCUCGUCCUGCGUCGCCUGUUCGUGCUGCUCUUGCUAGUGGUCGCGGUUCGCGUCAGCGUCCUCCUCCUAUCCCUGGCACGCAUUGGAUGUCUCUACGUCUAUCCACUGCUCCUCUACGUGCCCCUUUGCCUUCUCCUCCAGAGUCCUCUCUUCAUGCCCUUGCCGACCCGGAGUCAGACUCUCUUCGUGCUGCCAGUCCUACUGUCACGCGUCUCCUUGCUACUGUCGUCACUGACCCCUCUUUUGAGUCCACUGCUGCGUCUGCUCUUGUUGCUGAGCUCGUCGACUGUGCUGCUCGCUAUCGUCUAGACUACGCUGCUAGUCUCGUUGCUGAGUCUGCGUCUGUCUGUCCUUCGUCCGUCGGGGGUGAGUGUGCUCUUGGCACGGACGUCCUUGAGGACAGGUAG